AUGUCAACUGCUGCUCAAUUUGAAAAGGAUAACCGAAAGUAUGUUUCUCUGUUUAAUAAAGGAGAAUUACCGCUACCUCCGAGUCGUGAGGUGGCUGUUGUUGUUUGCAUGGAUGCCAGAAUUGAUCCUGCCAAAGCUUUAAACCUUGAAGAAGGGCAAGCCCACGUUAUUAGAAAUGCAGGGGGGAGAGCUUCGGAUGCUUUGCGCAGUGUAAUCAUCUCGCAAAGAUUACUUGGAACGAGGGAACUUGUUGUUAUUCAUCACACUGACUGCGGGAUGUUGACUUUCACUGAUGAUCAGUUGCGACAAAAACUAAAAGAGGAGACUGGACUGCUUGUAGAUGAUAUUGCGUUUUUAUCUUUCAGUGACUUAAAACAGAGCGUUAGAGAGGAUGUCGAGUAUUUCCAAAAAAAUCCCCUAGUCUUGGAUGUUCCUGUUACGGGCUUCAUUUAUGACGUACAUAGUGGUAAGAUAGAGAAAGUUGAGUGA